CCGCCAGAAUCGACCCCCGCCGCUCGCGACGAUCGCACGUCCGCUCCGCGCCGACAGAGCACAAAGGAGGAACGGGAGAGCUGUGCAGAUCGGAAACUGAGUGAAGACCCGUCGUCACCAUGACCCAGACUGUGACCGUGCUGGAGCCGCCGACACACCACUGGUGUCUGUGCGUGCCGGCCAGCACCUUCUCCUUCAUCAUCGGCGCCAUCUACUUCGCGGUCAACAUCGCCGCCAUCCUGGCCGGCUUCGUCUACCUGGGCGUCACGCACGGCGGCCACUACCACCUGGACCCGGAGCUGACGGUCGGCGUCCGCACGGCCGUGCUCUGCGCGUGCUUCGUGUGCGCACUGAACGCGCUCGCCUGCUGCCUGCUGAUGGUGGGCGUGCGCCGGCGCCGCUGGGAGCUGCAGGCCGCCUGGCUGACCUGGUACGGCAUCUUCCUGGUGUGCCUGUCGCUCUCGUGGCUGGGAGGAGUGAUCCACCUGGUGCGCGUGGUGGCGCCGGCCGUCCACCCGGCCGACACGGUCGAGUUCAGCUGGGCAGUGCUGGUGCCGCUGGUGCCGGUCGGAAUCAUCGUGAUUGUGUUCGUGUGGUACGCGUACGCGGCGGUGCUCUCACACUGCCGCGCGCUGCGUGCCGCGCCGGAGGGCAAGAUGGGAGCGUACAGGGUGAUUCGUGAGGCGUGAGCGGUGUGCCCGUGAGCACCCACCAGUGAGGGGCGCCAGUCAGGAGCGGCCGCGGCCAGGCACCACGGUCGCCGCGCCAUGCACACUGAAUCUCAAUACCGCUCGCUGCAUCGCAGAGAGAGAGAGCGUGCAGAAAACCUGCCGCAUGACCCCGUCAUAGUCAACUUUCCACCAUCAAAAAUCUCUUACAGCUCAUUGGUCAUUGUUCGUAGACAUUUGAGCACAUCCACGAAUUCCUGAGCCCCCCGGAUCCAGCGGUCGGUUUCGGCCCCGUUCUGUGGUCUCACAUCCCAUAGCUCGGACACAAAGUUACGCGGAAGUGUAGUUUUUUCGACAGGGACCGCGCCGGACGCGAGACAAACAGCAUACCACGGUCUUUAAACACUCCAGCUUGACGAGCGAUUGAUGACAAUGAUGAUGAUGUGUGUGUAAGUGUCGGGCAUCGCGCUAGCGUUAGCUGCAAAUGUUUAUACUGCCACGUCGAGCCGCUCAGUGAUACAAAUCAUGUGUAGUGUGGGGUAGUCAUGCAUGCGAAUGCUGUGAUACGUGUUUUUCUUUUUGUAAAUAACCAGUGCAAUCAUUGUAAAUAAAUGAAUGUACAUACGCUGA